AUGCCUCCCAAGAAAGCCCCCGCUCCCGCCAAGGAGAACGUCUCCCUCGGCCCCCUGGCCGGUGAUGGCAAGCUCGUCUUCGGCGUUGCCCGCAUCUUCGCUUCGUUCAACGACACCUUCGUCCACGUCACCGAUCUGAGUGGUCGCGAAACCAUUGUCCGUGUGACUGGUGGUAUGAAGGUCAAGGCUGACCGUGACGAGUCCUCCCCCUACGCCGCCAUGCUUGCUGCCCAGGACGUCGCCGCCCGCUGCAAGGAGCUGGGCAUCAACGCUCUGCACAUCAAGAUCCGUGCCACCGGUGGUAACGGCACCAAGACCCCCGGCCCCGGUGCCCAGUCUGCCCUCCGCGCUCUGGCCCGUGCCGGUAUGCGCAUCGGCCGCAUCGAGGACGUCACCCCCACCCCCUCCGACUCUACUCGUCGCAAGGGUGGUCGCCGUGGUCGCCGUCUGUAGGCGUGUGCGGG